AUGCAUUCAAAGACGAAGGCUGUUGAGAGUACCGAACCAUCACAGGAUGUGGCAGCUGGAGAGGUUGACAAUGUAUCUCAUAAGAUAUGCUACAGUCGAUACAAUUCACCAUUCUGGCAGAUCGUGAUUGUCAGCUUUGUCGCAUUUGGAUGCCCCGGCAUGUACAACGCCCUCUCUGGCAUUGGAGGUGGUGGCCAGCUGGACACUACAACCCAAGCUAAGGGUCACAUUGCUUUGGCCUCUGUCAGCGCUGCGGGGAACCUUUUUGUGGCGCCAGUCGUCACUAACGUGCUGGGUCCCAAAUGGACGAUCUUGAUUGGAGGACUGCCGUACAUUCUCUAUGCCGGUUCGCUUCUGGCAUACACCCAUACGGGAAAUCAAGGCUUUGUGAUCGGCAGCAGUGCUUUGCUAGGAAUCGGCGCAUCUCUUCUGUGGAUCGCACAAGGUUCCAUUAUGACAGGCUAUCCCCUGCCGCAACAACAAGGACGAAUGAUUGGUAUAUUCUGGAUUAUUUUCAACUUGGGAGGCUUUUUGGGAUCAAUGAUCUCCUUUGGCCUUAAUUUUCACUCAACAUCGGGUACCGUUUCCGAUUCUACAUACAUUGCCUUCAUGUGCAUCAUGGCUGCCGGUUGCGCUUGCUCACUUGGGCUUCUCAAGCCAUACAAUGUUAUUCGCGAAGACAAGUCACGCGCUGCACCUCAACGGGCUCCGCGGGUCUGGGACGAAUUUUUGGGUGUGAUGAGAAUCCUCAAGGACUGGCGCGUUAUUUCGCUUAUCCCAUUUUGGAUGGCAGCAAAUUAUGCCUACAACUACCAACAAAACACCUUCAACGCCAAGUUGUUCACGAUCCGUACCCGCAGCUUCAAUGGCGGCAUGUACUGGCUAGCACAGAUGGUUUCGAGUUACCUCUUUGGCCUAUUCCUGGACAACAAGCUCAUGAAUCGACGUAUGCGCGGAAUAUGGGGCUUUGUCAUUACUGUCGUUAUCUCCAUGGCCGUUUGGUCUGGGGGUCUGGCGGCACAGCUGAAGCGGGCUCCCAAUAGCGACUAUUACCCUCUCAAUGAGAUGGAUCUUAUCACAUCUGGCUCCAAAUAUGCCGGACCGUUCUUGCUUUAUUUCUUCUAUGGAAGUUUCGAUGCAGUGUGGCAGACGCUGGUCUACUGGACAAUUGGCUAUUUAUCCCAUGAGUCUCCAGAGCAAGCGGCUCGCUAUGUGGGUGCUUUCAAGUGUAUGGAGGCGGUCGGCAGCGCGAUAGCAUCCAAAGUGAAUUCGGACAAAACAAAUUACAACAUCGAAUUUGCCGUCGACUGGGCUUUCAUUGUCUUCGCCUUGAUCUGGGCCAUACCUUUUGUCAUGUCGAUUAGGGAUGCUCCCGCUCACGAGGGGCAGGAGACAGAAUACGUGGCUCAGCCAAAGGGUGAAGAACAGCUUUAA